AUAGUACCAAUGGCCGGCUCGUGGUGGACACGCGAGCAGAAAAAGUCUUCCACUGACAUCCUCCGCCAAGGGCCUUGGCGAUACUCUCCAAGGUAGGCCAAACUGGUCCAAGACCUGCUCUGCGAUGGGCGACAACCAGCAGCUCAGGAACGUGCUCGUUUGUGCCACCUGAUUGGCUAUCCACCGGCCGCACCUUCGUCUACGGCUUGGCGCCAAGUCCGCUCCUCUCGGCGGAGGCCAGGCUCUAGCAGGCUCUAGGAACCAAUACCAUCGGUCACUGCUCUCACGUUCGUCGACCAUUCCAAUCAGUCUGGAUGGAGGUGACCGACAAGAAGAAAAACCACGCGAUGCCUUGGCACUGUGCGUGCAGCCACCCGGUCAUGGCAUCAACAUGAUACUUAACUUGCUCGCGUGCUCUCAUUUUCCUCCGAUUCUGUCCAGCAGCACCCACGCAUCUUUCUUUCUUCUCCUCUCAUCCUUUCUCUCUCUGAAAGCUCGAGCUUCCAGCUCGGCACUUUUUGCCCAUCAUGAUCCCUCUCGAGACCGCCCCCUACGACUGGAUUCUGGCCUUGACCUCUAUUGCCUUCGUCUUCAGUGCCUUCGGUAACGGUGCCAACGAUGUCGCCAACUCCUACGCUACCUCCGUUGCGGCACGGACCCUGAAGAUGUGGCAUGUCGGUAUCCUGGCCAUGAUCACCGAGUUCGUCGGUGCCGUGGCCCUCGGCAGCCGUGUCACCGAUACCAUCAAGUCCGGCAUCAUCGAGCCCGAUCGGUUCAUGGGCAAACCCGGCACUUUCAUGCUGGCCAUGGGCUGUGCUGAGGUGGGCAGCGCCUUCUGGCUGAUGUUUGCCACCGGCCGUGGAUGGCCGGUGUCGACCACUCAGACCGUCGUCGGUGCACUGGUCGGUGUCGGCUUCGCUUCGCAGGCUAAGAUCACCUGGGAGUGGAAGAGCGGCAGUGUCUCUCAGAUUGCUGCUUCCUGGGGUAUUGCUCCCGCCAUCGCCUGUGCCUUCUCGGCCCUGAUCUUUGGCAUCCUCAAAUACACUGUCCUCGAACGCAAGGAUUCCUUCAAGUGGGCCAUGCGUCUCAUUCCCGUCUACCUCUCCUUCACCGGUGCUAUCCUGGCGUUGUUCAUCGUCGUCGAAGCCCCUACCGCUCCCUCACUUGAGGCCUUCGGUGCCGGCAAGGCCGUCGGUAUUAUCCUCGGUGUUCUGGCUGGUUGUUUGGUCAUCUCUUAUGCUUUCUUCAUGCCUUACUUCCACCGCCGACUGGUCAAGGAGGAUGCACGACUUCGGUUUUACCACCUUCCUCUUGGCCCCUGGUUACUCAAGGACAACUGCCCUCUAUACUUCCCUGGCUCCGGUGAGAGCUUCGUCAUCAACUACUACGAGGAUGCCUACGGCGAGACUCGCGCCGGCCAGAAAGAUGCCGAGAAGAAAGACGGCUCCGGGGACGGCAAAACCAUCAACACUGACGUCGAGCAGCGUGCCACCACCUCUGCCAACUCCACCCCCGAAAUCCAGCCCAAGAAGGCCAUCAUCGGCCCUCACGAGCGUUUCCUCCAGCCGGUCGAACACCUCAGCUGGUUCAACCCCAUGAAGUACUGGGGCUGGACCAAGUUCAUCCUUCUGCAGGGUGUCACUCGCGACGUCAUCACCCACGACUCGGACCUCCUUCGUGCCAUCCACGCCCGCGCCCACCGCUACGACGACCGCGUCGAGCACCUCUGGACAUACUGCCAAGUUGUGUCGGCCAUCAUGAUGUCCAUCGCGCACGGCUCCAACGACGUGGCGAAUGCCGUGGGUCCCUGGGCCGGUUCUUACGCGACCUACCUAUCCGGUAGCGUGAAUACCGAGUCGGAAACCCCCAUCUGGUUCCUGGUCAUUGCCGGUGUGCUUCUCGGUGCUGGUUUCUGGUUCUACGGAUACCAUAUCAUGCGGUCGCUCGGUAACAAGAUCACUCAGAUGUCGCCGAGCCGUGGUUUUGCGACCGAGCUGGGUGCCGCCAUCACGGUGCUCCUCGCCUCACGUCUCGGUUUGCCCGUCUCGACGACCCAGUGUCUGACAGGUGCUGCGACCGGUGUCGCCUUGAUGAAUUAUGAUCUUGGCGCGGUGAACUGGCGUCAGCUUGCUUAUAUCUUCUGCGGUUGGGUCUUGACUCUUCCGUCGGCUGGCUUGGUCGCCGGGUUGAUCUGUUUGAUGGCGUUGAACACGCCGCAUUUUUAAAAGUCGUUUUGUGAUGAUUCUUUUGUAUAUAUAGACUUUUCGUGUUUCAUUUCGGUUGAGCAUACUCUUAUACCCUAAAUGCAAUAAAUAGAUUUCCAAA